AUGGACGCCGCUAACGCGUAUAAUGGUCAGAUCAAGGAUGGCCUUUUCCACGGAAAGGGUACCCUGAUCUACCAAGGCAACGAAAAAUAUGAGGGUGACUGGGUCUUCGGAAAGCGAGAAGGAACGGGAAGAUUUACGUACAACUACACAAUAAUGUUGAUGCUUGAAAAAACGAAUAGAAAUUUAGAUUGUUGUACAAUACAAGUAAGUAUCUAUCUGUGGCAUAGAGUAUGAAGUGGAGCAUUCUUCUCUUUCAGAUUUUGCUCAUAAGACAAGAACGGGUUAGAUGAAAAGGAUUUCUUACCAUAGUAACUAAUUCACUGGGUAUGACGUACUUUUCUUGACGUUUACCUUUUUUUGUCUUCCACAAAAGGUACGCGGACGGGGCCGUAUUUGAGGGGCAAUGGCAGGAUGAUAGGAUACACGGUCACGGUGUCUCAUUAUUCGCCAGCGGAAACAGGUGCAACUACCACAGAAAUCAUGGAAAAAAUUCAUAGAUUGUUUGAUGACACUUAUUGUUGUUAAGUACUACUGAUCGAGGCAAGAGACGAGACGUCAUUUUUUGUGUUGUAUCCUUCCAACCCCACGCCUCCUGUCUUCCCGCAUGUUGUAGAACUGCCGCCUUUUAUUUACUUUUCUCUACUCCGACCGUUCAUUCGGAAGAUAAUGAACUUUUAACGACAUCUAUUCCUUCUGACGCCAACAGGUACGAAGGUUCGUGGGACAAUGGCAGGAUUAACGGGUACGGAAAGUUGACGUACAGUAACGGGGAUGAGUAUGAAGGCGAGUGGCAAGACGGAAAGAUGCAUGGUAGGGGUGUCUACCGUUAUGCUGAAGGUGAUGUCUAUAGCGGCGAAUGGAGGGAAGACAAGCGUCACGGAAAGGGAACCGUUACGUAUGUCAGCAGCAAGGUACUUUCUUUGCGACGUAGAUGCUUCUGGUAUCAUGAAAACGUGACGUUCCUGGUUAAGAAAGCAUUGCAUUGCCAUACGCUUGGUGAAGAAUGCUCAUUUACAACGAGGCUUUUCAAGUCGCUGCUCUAAAACCACCAGAGUUAUCGUUAGGUACAUUAUCAUUCUCCUGAUCAUCACACUUAGGGCUCCGUAGUGGAAAAAUAUGAGGGUGAUUGGGUAAACGGAAAGAUGCAUGGCCAUGGCCGAUACCAAUACGCGGAUGGUGGCAUCUAUGAGGGAAAUUGGAUUGAUGGAAAAAUGCACGGCAAGGGAAUGUAAUUCUUUUUCUACAGCGCGGUAGUUGUAGUUGACUUAAUGCGUCAAUCAAUGUUUGUUUUUGCGGAACCAUUUUUCAAUUUUUUUUUCCAACCUCAAUAUUCUGACUCAUCCAUUUCAGUUACGUAUUCCCCAACGGGAACGAGUAUGACGGUGAAUGGGCAAACGAUAUGAAAGAGGGAUACGGUAUACUGACGUAUAAAAACGGAGAGCGUUAUGAAGGAUACUGGAAGGCAGAUAAAGUCCACGGCAAAGGAACCCUUGUCUACACGUAAGCCAAAUCAAGUAGAUCUUGAUGAAUCUGAAAUUGAUAUUGAAUGAAUUUGACGGUUUUUGUCAGUCAAUACUCAUAGAUAAAUUCAAAGAUUGAUAGUACUAGAAGCAGAAGCUCUUGGCAGGAUAACUCUCGGAGGUCAUGCGUCUUGGUAUCAAUGUGGACAUCUGCAUACUUUGCGACUCUUCUGCUCAGGUAUGGCGAUCAGUUUAUCGGAGACUGGGUUGAUGCGAAGAAGCAUGGUGAGGGUGAGCUAAUUUACUCCAAUGGUGAUCGCUUUCGUGGUCAGUGGGUUGACGAUCGGGCUUGUGGCUUUGGCGUUUUCGCGUACGCAAGUGGAAACCGCUAUGAAGGUCAGUGGAUUGACGACAAGCGCCACGGACGGGGUCAGUUUGUGUGCUCUCAAGAUGGAAGCACGUAUAAUCUUUUUAUCAUGUGUGCAAGUAUAGUACUGCCCAAGUCAAGCAAAGUAGCAGUCUUCUCCUCCUUCUUCUUUUUCUUUUCUUGUAGAAUGCUACCGCCACCGGGGAAACAAGUCGCGGGUGCGUCGGGGGGACCAGUUUCGGGGGGGGCGCGGUUUCCGCUGUCGUUUUCGGCUAGCCCUGUCGCAGGCCUUGCGCUCCCUCUGCGCGUCCUGAGGGCGCUCUAAUCGGGAACCAGCUGUCUCAUCUCGCCAUCUUGAGAUGCACCGAGUAGCAAUACUAAUGCUACAUACAACUUCUUGCUCAUAUGUAUUCUUUGUGUUCGUUUCAGUAAAGACUGAAAGUGCAACAAAUUUACUAGUUUGAAGACGUGCGUUUCUACUUCUGACUUAGGUACGACGGUGAAUUUGCGAACGGACGAAAGGAGGGCCGAGGCUUGCUCAAGUUCUCGAAUGGGCAUAUCCUUUCCGGCACUUGGCAACAUGGUGACCUCAAGUCGUGCCAGGAUUUUGUUUUUGCGAACGAUUCACCCUGGAAAAACCCAGAUCUCUAAACAGGGAUUAUGAAGCAUUUCAUAAUGCCGUUCCCAAACUGGUUAACACCAAGGAUAAUCAUUACCUAGUUCUUGCUUUAUCAUUUGCAAUCCUUCGGCUGCCUUUCUCAUGAUAGAGCAGAGGAGCAAAGUUACAUUGUGAGGGUCGUGUAGUUCCGGACUUCACUAUACUAGAAUACAGCAAGGGUUGCGGUGGAGCUUAGUUGAAAUAGAAUUUUUACCUGACGUUUUUACAUCUUUGUGAUCGAUUCACAGAAUUCUUCCGUAGUUAUUCUUGAUUUUAGUAUUUGUACGUUAUGAAUCAAUUAUAAAUCCGAUUUGUACAAGAGUUGUUCGAGUUCGACUUCACGUCGACAACAAAAACUAGCGAUAGAAGAAAGUUGUUCAUCGACAAAGUUAUAUUAGAAUCUCUAGUAUUACGUCCAAAAGACUAGUUUUGAGAGCAGGCAGCUGGUGAUCAAACCGUGUUUGCGGCGUGAUUCCACGUCGAUCUUUCUCUUGUUACCAAAUGUUGAGACUAAAGAUUCGCUGUAAGUAGAUACUCCUACCUCAACACAUAUCCUUUUUUUCUCAAUCUUCUUUACUUGAUGAUGUCAUACAGCAACCGACAUCCUCCCAGAUACCAAAUCCUCAGGCCGGCUGUGUCCUCCGAGUAUUCUCCCAUUCCGUGCGGCCCUUUUGGUAGGACAGGUUUUCUCAAGCACAAGCACGCCCUUCUUCCCAAAGGAGCCUAUACCUAUUUAGCGUCAAAUGAAAUAUUCCCGCCUCGAUGAUCAUCGUAAUUAAUCUCUUCUUGCAAUUACACAACGAUUCGGUCCGUCUCUUUUACCUCGUAUUAGGUAUCUUGCUUCAAAAUUAUCUAGAGUACUUUUUCUGCUUUCGUCGAAAUGUUCAACGAAGCUAAUUAAGAAAAGAUGUUAACGACCACAGUCUCACCUCGCGGACCCGAGACGAAUCGGAAGAGAACUUCUAAAAGCGGUGGUGCAAAGACAUCCCCCGCAUGCGAUAUUGUAUGAAAAUAUAAGUAUUCAUUUAGGAUUAGGUCAUCAACAAGGAAAUCUCGGUUUUCAAAAUGCAGUGAAAUGAGGUGAAAAUGAUGAAGAGGAUGCCGGUCUGAGGAUGCUCCUGAAAAAGAGAUGAAUUUGAAUCAUCAGGAAUAGCUGCUCUUACCUUUCAAAACUUGUUGUUGUUCUAUUUUUACAAACAUGCUUUCUUCAACAUCUGUGUCUAUCUCUCCUCUUGUGAUUGCACUUACAAUCGAACAUUGGUCGAGCGUCCUCCUUUUGUAAUGUCAACAAGCGUCGUGACGCACAGAUUAGAACAUGAAUCUGAAUCAAUCUGGAGAGGCGCAUGAAGAUGAGUGAUAUUUAACCCUGGCUCGAG